AUGAAUCUUCACUCCGGUUCUGUUCCGUUCAGUGUAUUAGGGUGCCGACUAUUGUUGGCAACGGCGGCUAUGAUAGCGAUCGUCGUCGUCACAGGUACUGCAAAUGCUGUCGAGUCAGCACGUCGUGUGAUGAUGAUGACGAGCGCUCAAACACCACCACAUCAUAGCAUUUCGUUGCAUCAACCAAUGAUUGCAUUUCAAAUGCCGGAGAGUGGUUUUUCAUUGAGAUUUAAAGCCUUCGAUCGAUCAAGCAAGCAGGUGCAUGAAGGAACUGCAAUUCGAUAUAAAAAUGAAAAAACAGAGUCGAUGAACGUGAUUUUGGAGAGUGGAGUUUUGGGAUUGAUGACAUUCUUUGACACGAGAAAUUUACAUGUAUUUAUGAAACCUGUUCAAGAAGGUGGUGUGGAAGUUUCUUCACAAACUACAGACAAGUCAAGUGUCACUCAAUGUAUUCACAUUAAUUAUGAUGCACCUUGGAAUGCUUUUGAUAGUGGAAUAGGAUUGAGUAAAAUGUUGAAUCAAGUGACUUUCAAAGCAGUUACUCCAAAGAGUGUCAUAUUUGAUAAGGAAGUGAAUGCUCAUUGUGUCAACAAUAAGCUUGACAUGUAUUCCUUCUCGUUUAUGGAUGAAAGUAUGGUUUUGUGUGCCAAUGGAUCGAUUCCAGUUUUUAUCAUUUCCAAAUCAUUGGUGGUUUCCAUGAGUGAAUUCACACUCACGAAAGAGAAGGCUGAUACUUCUUCUCAACCAACCUUACACGAAAAGCUUUUCCUCGAUCAGAUGGAUCGUCUUGUUUCUAAUUGUACCUAUUACGAUAGAAAAUAUCUUGCUGAAUAUUUUGGUAAGAAGAAUAUUCACGCGAAACAAGACACCACCACGAGGGAUAGGAUUGAAAAAUAUCUCACAAGAUAUCGAGUGAGCUUGAAAUAUGGACUUUCGUUGCCAAUCAUUGAUGAAAAGGCAUUCGAUCCUUCCACUUUUCCAUCCAUCAGCUCUCAUCGAAAGAAUAAUGAAGUGAGCUCCGUGUCACUUUGGUUCCUAAAUGAGCAAGAAUCCUGUAGCAGUCGGCAUCUCAGAGAUGAACAAUCAUGUGUCUCAUAUCUCACAAGAAAGGUUUCAAGCGGAGCUUCUCAAAACAAGCCAACAUGUAUUUUCCUCCACGGUGCAGGAGGAACAGAAGAUUUACCUCCACAAAAGAAUUUUAAGGAAUAUUGGGGCAAUGUAUUGGACUACACAGAUCAUUGUGGAGAUGUAUGGUUUGGCAGACGUGAUACAAAGAACAGAGGUUGGGACGAUGAAUCUUUGCAAGAUUAUUAUUGCUCUACUGCAUUAUUAGGAAGUGGAAAUUCAACCACGAUUCAAAAUACUCUUCUCUAUACACAUUCCAUGGGUAAUCUUGUCAUUGCAGCUGCAUUCAUGAAUGGAAAAUGUUCUAUUGAUCUAUCAACAUCUAAAUGGUUUACAAUGGGAGCUCCAUUCAAUGGCUCAGUAGUUUCAAGAACCUUACAAAAUAUCUGUCAUGAUUAUUACUACAACAAUUUCCCAUUGAAUUUGAAAGCUCUCUACGGAUUUAUUGCAACCGUUGGUGGUUAUUGCUUGAAAGGAACGCCUAAUGCCUAUCAAAGUUAUGUUUCCGUCGAAGAAGGUUAUUGCUCACCACAAGGAGUUUGUAUUCAUGACUUGUACGAACAUACAGAUCCUUAUGACACUGGAAGACUUUGCGGUGACGACCCUAUUGGAUUGUUGACUCAUUAUAGUAUAGCCUUAGAAAUUGUGCAUUUGAUUGCAGAUUAUGGAACUACAUCUGAUGGAUUUGUGACAUUUAAGAGCUGUCAAAUGGAUGAAGCAAAGAAAUUCUCAGAUAACGGACCCAGCACCGAUUGGUACAAGGCAAUGGUCAACCAUGCUGACGAGACGUGCCGAAACGGUGAUGGUUGGUGGGGAUCAGACAGAAAACCAUGCUCCUUCUACAAGAAACAAUAA